GGUAUACAUACAAGGCCGAAAUUACGUUUUCGUUAAACGUUCGCAAGACACCCGCAAUAUAACAAUAAAAUAUAAACUAAAUCUGAAAAUAAGUAAAUUUGAUACAGUUUGUCUAAGGUAAUAAAUAGUCUAUAGAGAAAGACUCUUUGGAAUCUUAACAAGAUUGUUAAAAAUGGGAAGAAAAAGCAAAAAUAAAAAGUCUGAAGCUGGUGGACAGCCUGAACAGCAACCUAAAGAAAAUCCGCAGCAUCAAUUGGAGUCCCAACAACCAGGCACAUCACAACCAAAGCAAUCUGCAACUCCACAAGAAAGUGGACAAAAGAAAAACAAACAACAGCAGAGUGCACAGCAACAGGAACUUUCACAACAGCAGGCAGCACAACAGAAGGAAAGUUCAAAACAGGGACGACCACAACACCAACCACGUCCCCAGCAGCAGCCAACCCGACCACAGGAACAACGUCCACAACAGCAGCAGACACAACAACAAGAGCAGCAAAGUCGACCAAGGCAACAACAACCACAACGGCAGCAAGCGCGACCACAGCAACAACGUCCACAACCGCAGCAAGCGAGACCACAGCACCAACAAGGUCCCCAGCAAACGUGGCCACAGCAGCAGCAAAGCCGCCCACAGCAGGAACAUUCACAAUACCAACAAGGUCCGCAGCAAACUUGGCCACAGGGCCAACAAGGUCCACAGCAAACGUGGCCACAGCAGCAGCAAAGCCGUCCACAGCAGGAACGUUCACAAUACCAACAAGGUCCGCAGCAAACUUGGCCACAGGGCCAACAAGGUCCACAGCAGCAGCAAAGCCGUCUACAGCAGGAACGUUCACAAUCCCAACAAGGUCCGCAGCAAACUUGGCCACAGGGCCAACAAGGUCCGCAGCAAACUUGGCCACAAGGCCAACAAGGUCCACAGCAAACGUGGCGACAGCAGCAGCAAAACCGCCCACAGCAGGAACGUUCACAAUACCAAAAAGGCCAACAAGGUCCACAGCAGCAUAAGACCCCACAACAACAUGAGCGUUCGCAAUAUCAACAAGGUCCACAACAGCAGAAAAUCCCACAGCAACCGAAUCAGCCACAUCACCAACAACGUCCCCAACAGCCACAGCCACAACAACAACAACGUCCCCAACAACAGCAGACCCAACCACAAUACCAACAAUCUCCCCAGCAAACUCCAACACGUCAAUCAAGUGUUUCACAUUCGUCAUCAAGUACAUCGCUUUCGUCUGCUCCUUCUCAAAACAGCAUAUCACCUGGUACUCUAGGUAUCAAAGGGGAAGCGGAAGCCAACUAUUUAAUAAUGGAUUUAAGUAAAAUGCCCAAUAAGGCUUACCAUUAUGAUGUUACUAUCACUCCAGAUCGUCCUAAAAAAUUUUUCCGAAAUGCUUUUACACAGUUCAUGAAUACUUAUUUGCCAGGUCAUUUCGCUGGAUUCGAUGGAGUAAAGAGUUGUUACUUGUUAGAAAUGUUGCCAAAACCAGUUUAUGAAGGCGAUGUAUCGAUUGCUGAUUCCGCCUCACGACAAAUUCAGUUUAAAGUUUCGAUUAAACCCACAGACAAUAUUGAAGUUGAUUUGGGAUCACUACGCACAUACCGUAAUGACCGUAUUUAUGACAAGCCAAUGCGUGCUCUACAAUGUCUUGAGGUGAUUUUAGCAAAUGCUUGUCAACAAAAGGGCCUACGUGUCGGUCGUUCCUUCUUCACACGACCUAAUCAGACAUUAGAUCUCGAUGGAGGUUAUGAGUUAUAUACUGGUCUUUACCAGGCAGCUAUUUUAGGCGAUGUGCCUUAUUUAAAUGUUGAUAUUUCAAAUAAGUCAUUUCCAAUGGCAUUAAAUUUAAUUGAUUUGUUGAAUGUGUUGCGUAUUGAUCCAGGACGCAGUCUAGAUCAACGGGGCUUACAAAGCCUUAGUGCUCACCUUAGAGCCUUAAAAAUAAUUUACAGUCCUCCUCCUUCUUUUGGUGCUGCACCACGGUCUUAUAAAGUAAACGAAGUUAGCAGAGAAUCGGCAAGUUCUUUGUCUUUUAAAAUUGACACUGGAGAGAAAUUAACGGUUCAGAGCUACUUUGCUAGUCGAGGUUACAAAUUAAAAUAUCCUCACUUAGGUUGUGUUGUAGCAGGAUCUUCGGUAAAACCAAAUUACCUACCGAUCGAGCUAUGCAGCAUUGAACCUGGCCAAGCUAUUAAGAAAAAAGACGGAAAAGCCCAAGUUCAAAAGAUGAUUAAAUUUGCUGCCACAUCAACUGAUGAACGAAAAAGAAAAAUAAUGGAAAAACUCCAAUAUUUUUUGCAUAACAACGACAUACUCUUGCAAAAGUUUGGAAUUCGAAUUGAUAAUCAAUUCAUAAAGGUACCAACACGAUUACUAAGAGCACCGUCAAUUGAAUAUCGGUUAGGCAAACUCGUAGAUCCUCGAAAUGGUUCCUGGCGCAAUUUAGAAUAUUUGCAAACUGGCAUGACGUUGAAGAAAACUGGUCACAAGUGGGCGGUCAUUUAUAAUCCUUCUAGGUUUUUGCGACAUGGCACUUUGCUAGAUUUUUCAAACAUGUUAUUCAAUGAAGCUAAACGAAUGGGCAUAAAUUUGGAUUCCGAGAGGGAGAUACAAGAAACCAGAGACAUUGUUAAAACAUUGGAGGAAUAUAAAAGGAAAGAUUACGACUUGGUUAUAGUAGUGAUUCCCAAUUAUGGUACAUCGUACGCUGAUAUAAAACAAAAAGCCGAAUUAGUUUGCGGGCUCCUCACUCAAUGUAUCAAAGAACAAACUUUGAAUCGACGUGUGGACAAUCAAUUAAUUGGCAAUUUAUUAUUGAAAAUAAAUUCAAAACUGAAUGGAUCUAAUCACAAAAUUUCAGCUAAAUCCCAUAUUGUACUCGAUCACGCCAUGUUUAUGGGGGCGGAUGUCACUCAUCCAUCACCCGAUCAACGGAAUAUACCAAGUGUUGUUGGUGUAGCAGCUUCCCAUGAUUUAAAUGGAGCUUCUUAUAACAUGCAGUAUCGUUUGCAAGAAUCUGCAAAAGAAGAAAUAGAUGACAUGCAAAGCAUUAGUCGUCACCAUCUGAAAGUAUAUUUCCAAAAGAAUAAUUGUUAUCCGAAUAACAUUAUUUAUUACCGCGAUGGGGUGUCUGAUGGGCAAUUUAAGAAGGUGAAUAAUUUCGAAGUCAGCGCUAUACGCGCAGUAUGCAAAGAGCUUCGGAUUACGCCUAAAAUAACAUGCAUAAUUGUGGUGAAACGACAUCAUACUCGCUUCUUCCCUACCAAACCUACUGGAGAUAAAUGGAACAAUGUCUUGCCGGGCACAGUUGUUGAUCAAAAAAUCGUUCACCCGAACGAAACACAGUUCUUUAUGGUAAGCCACCAGUCAAUUCAAGGGACAGCAAAGCCCACACGUUACAACGUUCUCGUGGAUGACGCAAAAUUUACAAUGGAUGAAUUACAAAUGAUGACCAAUAACUUAUGCUAUAUGUUUCCGCGUUGUAAUCGCGCAGUUUCUUACCCAGCGCCUGCUUAUCUUGCACAUUUGGUUGCAGCUCGUGGCCGUGUUUACAUCGACGGACCCCCCCUAAGGCGAGCUCUUCGCGACGAGUAUAAUAAACGACUCAUUAAUGAAUCUUUUAUGCAAAAUACACCCAUGUUUUUUGUAUAAACAUAUAAUUAAUAUAUAUAUACAUAUUUUUCUAUAUCCAAGUUAAUAAAUUUAGUUUUUUCUGCCAUACAUAGGCUAUAUAAUUGAGUAUAGGUACCAAUGAAAUAUUGGGGAUGUUCGAGUCUCGAAUCACUGCGGUAUUAUAGCAA